AUGAGAAGGAGAGAGAAACUCACGACUCCACGUGCGCCUCACGAUCCCCGAGAAACGAUGGCGAAUCGAAUGGUCGGCAGCGCGACGAUAAACACGCCUAAACAGUUGUAUAAAUAUCUAUUGCGCGAAUGCGAAAAUUUACCAAAACACGCACAGCAAUUUUACAAGCAUUCAGUCAAGCAAAGCUUCAAGCAGCAUGUUUCGGAAUCUGAUGAAGAACGCAUCCAGCAAAUCAUGGAGAAAGCACUACUAGAUGCCAAAUGGGUGAUACAAAAGUACAACCAGCCAGGUGGUACUCCAACGCCCAAAUGAUAAAUCGACAUAAGUUGUAACAUAUAUGUUACAUACACUGUAUGAAAUAUAUGUGGUAAAUUAGUAUUAGAUAGAA